AUGGCUUCAGAGCUUGAUGUCUCCAUGACCUUUAUUCCGGCAUUAUACAAGCCUGCAGCUUUGCUGCCCAUUGCGCGACAUAAGAAUAGUCUAUUAUAUCUGGUCGAGACCUACCCGGUCACCAUAGUGGUGGGACAGACAGGGAGCGGAAAAACGACUCAACUUCCUCAAUAUCUUGACCAGGCCGGCUGGUGUGAAGAUGGAAAGCUCAUUGCAGUGACACAGCCUCGGCGGGUAGCAGCAACAACAGUGGCGACCAGAGUCGCAGAGGAAAUGCGCUGCAAAGUCGGUGAACAAGUGGGCUAUUCUAUCCGCUUUGAAGAUUUGACAUCAGCUGUCACUAGAAUAAAGUUCUUGACAGAUGGUAUGCUACUGCGAGAAGCACUUGUUGAUCCACUUCUGUCGCGGUAUUCUGUGAUUAUGGUUGACGAAGCACACGAAAGAUCUCUAAGCACCGACGUUUUACUUGGUAUCCUCAAGAAAAUCAGAAAGAAGCGACCAGAACUACGAAUUAUCAUCAGCAGUGCGACAUUACAAGCAGAGGAAUUCCUGCGAUUUUUCGCUGGAGAUGAGUACCAGCCUGAAGCCGAGUCAGGAAAUCGCGGAGGGAGCGUUGGGAGAAUUAUUAGUCUAGAGGGCAGGAUGUAUCCAGUUGACAUGCUCUUUCUCGAAUCUCCCGCAGACGACUACGUGGAACGGGCCGUUAAAACAGCCUUUGAGAUUCACACGCAAGAAGAAGAGGGAGACAUUCUUUUAUUCCUCACUGGAAGGGAGGAGAUCGAUCGAGCAAUCCAGAUGCUCUCUGAAAGAGCUGCGACUCUUCAUCCUAAGUCUCCUGGACUACUUACACUGCCUCUCUAUGCCGGUCUUACCACGGACCAGCAGAUGUACGUCUUUGAACCAGCACCAGAGAAUACGCGCAAGGUUAUCGUGUCAACCAACAUCGCGGAAGCAUCAGUCACAAUUGACGGAAUUGUUUAUGUGAUCGAUUGUGGGUUCGCCAAACUCAGAGCUUAUAACCCUAGCACGGGCAUCGAAACUUUGACGGCUGUGCCAAUAUCGAAAGCAUCGGCUACUCAACGUGCUGGACGAGCAGGUCGAACGAAGCCUGGAAAAUGCUUCCGGCUGUACACUCAGCAGACUUACGAUCAACUUCCCGAGGCAACUAUUCCAGAAAUCCAACGAUCGAAUCUCGCUCCCAUCAUUAUGCAGCUCAAGGCACUAGGCAUUGACAACAUUGUCCGCUUUGACUUCUUAACAUCUCCCCCGGCUGAGCUCGUCAUUCGUGCCUUUGAACUGCUUUAUUCACUCGGUGCCGUUGAUGACUAUGCAAAGCUCACAAGGCCAUUGGGGACCCGAAUGGCAGAGCUUGCAGUUGACCCCAUGAUGGCCAAAGUGCUCUUGGCUGCACCCGCUUUCAGUUGCUUAAGUGAGAUUUUGUCCAUCGCAGCCAUGGUCAGUCUCCAAGGGACCGUAUGGGUGCAACAUGAUGGCAAUAAAAAGGAUGCAGAGAGUCAUAGACGAAAAUUUGCGGUGGAAGAAGGAGACCACCUCACCUACCUGAACGUAUACCAAGCGUUUGUGACCAAAGGCAAGAAAGACUCCAAGUGGUGUCGCGACAACCUCUUGAACUACCGUGCUCUACUACGAGCAGUGAGCAUCCGUGGUCAACUCAAGCGGUACCUCGAACGAUUUGGAAUUCAAACCGAUGAAACACUUUCGUCACGUCAUGGUGCAGUGGAUCUCAGCCGACGGCCGGAACAGAUCCAACGAUGUCUCACGACGGGCUAUUUCGCCCAUGCAGCCAAGAUGCAACCUGAUGGUACUUUCAAGACUGUCAGUGGUGGUCUGACGCUUCACGCCCAUCCCAGUUCCUUGAUGUUUAAUCGAAAAGCCGACUGGGUGAUUUUCCAUGAAAUUAUGCAGACAGGCACCAAGACAUACAUACGUGACGUAACUAAGAUUGAGAAGAGCUAUCUGUUGGAGUAUGCUCCCGAAUAUUACAGAGUCACCUAG